AGCCCAGGCUCCCUGACCUCUCAUUCAGAGUUUUGGUAGUUUAGUUGUUACAACUCCGUGGGACCGGUGGGAACCUUGAAGACACUGGAGCGUUUCUCUGCAGCAACAACAAAAACAUUCGAGCGCCAUCGCAUCACCUUCGGGUGCUGUGGUGACAUCACCAUCGCCGCUUAAUCUGCCCUCCUUUAACCGAAUGUUUAUUCGUGCGCCACAGCGCUGCUGUGGCGCGUCUGGUGUGUGGUGUUGCGUACUCGUGGUCUGUCUCGACAGCGGCAGCAUGAUGAGCAGGAGCCACGGGCAAAAGUUCUAGGUGCCGACAGAGACUCGACACCACUCCUUUUGCAAGAAGAGUAAAAGGAUUUGCCGUUUGUGUGGGAGAGCACGUGGCCAUUGUGUUCACAAGCUGCAGAGCUCGAUUUAUUGAAUGCGACUUAAAAACCAUUGGAUAAUCCAACCAUUGGAUAAUCUACAAGGCACUCUCAUCCUGAAUAAUCGUUCGGCAGGAAGCGGAGAGUGGGAGUGUGAGCGCAGUGAAGGACAGUGGCCUUGAAAAAACCACCGGCUACUGAAGAAUAUGUACAGCGUUGCCGACCUGCUGGCUUCCCAUGGCUUCAGGUCGGGCAGGAGGCCGACAUCCGGCAGCAGCACACAGCCUCCACUCCGGAUGGAGCCGCCCCGGUCAGAGCUGGAGCAGGGGUUUCCUGGUCAGGAUGUGUGGCACGACGCACCGCCCGCUCCCCGCGCCACACGUCACUCCAGCCUGCCACUACAAGAGCACCCCGCAAGGGCCGAGCCCUCCAGGGAAAGGGCAGAGCUCUUAAGUGAAAAGGCGAGCUAUGAAGAGGGGCAAAUGCAGCACCAAAGCCCCCCUGUGACCAUAAGGAACUUUGAAAACCAGCUUCCAUUAUUGGAGGGAUCAGAUGAAAGCGUGAGUUACUGGCGGCGCCGUGGGCAGGAUUUCAGCGUGCUGCUGGACUACACAAACCACCAACCGCCUCAAGUUGACGUCUCUCCGCCUGCCUACCUUGCAGGGUUACGAGAUCAACCCCCAUCAUACAACACAGUGCAGCAUGGCCCUUUCAACCAGAAUGCAGUGUCUCGCGAGGCAAACCCCCCACCGUACCCUGCAGAUUCUCGUGACUCGACUCUUCCCUCGGAAUAUUCUGGAUUGCACGGCUACUCUGCUAAUGCAGAAGCACUCCCACGCCCCAGCACCUACCCGCAGCCUCCACCAUACAAGGCUGAACCUCCGACCUUGGAAUUAUCUCAGAACUCUGCACCACAGACUACACAGCUGCAACAAAGUAAAAUAAAUCCAGACUACGCAUUAUUGACCGAUCAAAGUAAAAAUAUGCACAGGAACAGCAGAGAAAAAGGGAAUUCCAAAUAUGUAUCAAGCCAUUGCUGUAGUGACUACCAAGACAUGUCCGGGAUGUAUUACUUCUCAAGUCAGUGUGGUCAGGACAGCAGAGACAUGUUGGUGAAUCCAGGUAAAGGAAGCACUUCCCUCCAGGCAACAUCAGAUGCACAUGCAAUAUUGUACACAGGAAAACAAUAUUUUGAAGCAACUCCCCUACCAACAGAGAAGAUUGAAAAACCUCAAACAUUCAGGCCUCCACCGCCAACAUACGAGAUGUACCAAAUGAGAAGCAAAGAUUGCUACAAGGGACCAACAACACAAGUUCAAUUGAAAAACUUGUGCUGUCAUAUGAGUACACAUGAAAAUGGGCAGUACAAGUCAUCAGCAGAAUUUUCCCCAGACAGAUUAUUUAUGCCUCCUGAAUCACAAAUGAAAUAUCAAAAUGUACAGCUGCCCACAUACAUCAAGCCACCAGAUUACAUUUCUCAAUAUAAAGAUAAUACAUAUCAGCAAAAUCAACAUGCAAGCAAUGAAAACAGCAUUGACUCUAUUGGUGAAAACAAACAAAAACUUAGAACGGCUCGUGUUGAAUACAUUCCAUUCACAGACCCACGGGUGCGAAUUGUCCCCAAGGCACACUGGGAAACUGAACGCCAAAAUCAAGACAAUGGUCACAGUGUGAGGAAGUCUACAAAUGACAACAAUUCUGUAAACUACAUUCAAGUAAAGGAAGGUUUAGACAAACAAUUGUUGCACUCAAAGCAAAUACCACCUCCAUCACUUGUGUUACCUGUACUAAAUCAGGAUUCAUAUGUUUGGAGAAAUUCACAGUCAAACCAUGAAAUCAACAAGCAUAAAAUGCAUUCAGAUGACAUAACGUACAUGCAGUUAAAAUAUCCGGACAGUACCUCAACAAGUGCUGAUCAUGCAUUUCACUCAAGAAAGGGCCACAUACAAGAAACAGCAAGUGAACAUAGAUCUGUGUUGCAUACAGAUAAAAAAGAGGGUAUUCUUCAAGGUGACAAGACACAUGAAGCAAGUGGUGGUCAGAUGCCACGUAGCCUGCUUGGAGUCCGGACCGGCGUGCAUCAGCGAGGAGCUGUGGGAGAAACUGUGUUCUGUUUGAUCUCCGUGCCAAGUCAGUCUGUGGAUGCGGAUCAAGGUGGCAUUUGGCUCCCAGAUGUGUCAAAAGGCAGCGGUAACGCCGUUCCCGAACACUCCCACCAACACACGCAGUCUGCAAGUGAGCUGGAGCUGCAAGCACUCACUGGGAAAAUGAUCGCCGAGGAAGAGGCACGCAAGGCCAAAGAAAAAGCAGAGGAAAAGGCGAAAAAGCAUGCAUGUGAAAGCCAAAUAUUAAGUCACCCACUGAAAUUUAGUUCUGAACUAAAAGGUGAAGCAAAAAUGUAUGACACACGUCAAAAACCACUAUCACAAAAACAUCCGCUUAAUAAUGUUACCUUGCACUGUGUUCCAAAGCAGCUAUAUCCUGAUGAACGAACAUUUGUGUCACAGAAAAAUAGACAAAUUCAUGGGCAUGCUGUAGAAGUGGAGGGUAAACAUUUCCAAGCUUCUAAUUGCAGGUGGAAAACCCAAAAUUCACAAAAUACAUCCCAUAUUACUGGUGAAAAGAAAACUGAGGAAAUUAAAAGUGAAUUUGGAUCUAAAAUGAAUGGAAAACAAAUGCAGAUUCUUAAAGAAGGUAAUACUAAAGUCAGCUCCAAAGGAAACAAAUCUUGGCAAAACAGGGAAACUGGAAAGAGAGGAACAAAUUGUAACAAGGAAAAGUUCAAUAGCAAGUACUUCUAUAAAGUCAAAAGUUUAAAAGAACCCACAGGAGCACAUGGUCAAGCAGCUCUCGAAGCCAAUACACAAGUUCCUACAAUAACAUUGAAAGGAAACAGUCUUGCAGAUUCAUUUAGUUUUGGACAGUUUCUACUGAGACCCGUGGGAAGAAGGCCAUGGGAUGUGGUGAGCGAGUUGGAAAACAUAAAUCGAGAGCUGCAAGAUGAUCCCGAAGAACAAGACCACGAUCCUUCCAUCCAGCGUCCUCAAGAUGUCUACCAACGCUUCCAUGUGCUCAUGCCCAGUGGGCAGAAGGAUGAACUGACACAUACACUAGAGAGGAGAAAAUCGGAGCCAAACCUUUCAGAACUGCCAUCUAGUCAGUAUGAAAGAUCACACAUUGCAUGGGGCUCAAAAAAUAGCCGUCAAAAUGUAGGGGAUUAUUCAUCACCAUACUCAUCUGACGGCUCUACUACCAACAAAGUGGAAAUUGAUGAUGAUGAUGGAAAUGAACAAAACAGGAUUAGAGAUAACUUGGAAAAAGAAAACUUGCAUUUCAAUCAGAAGGGGCCAAGUGAGAGACUUUUACAUUACAACAGAAGCCAUGGGAAUGAUGUCUAUAUGAGCACACCAUCGUCAUCACUACAACGAAGACAUGGGCAUUCAGAGCCAGAUCUAACGGCUCUUAUUGCCUCUCAAGAACUGGGAGAUGAACAUGAAGAUCAAUCCGAGUUAGGUUUUACAUCUGCAUCACUCAAGGAGUCCCUUGCUGAAAGGGCUGCAAGGAUUCUUGGAAUAUCUAUAUCUGAAGAUGCGCUUCUUGCACCAGAUAGCAGCACUGCAACAGAGAGCAAAGAUGCCUUGACCAUGGAAUUUGAUGGUAAUUUUUGCGACAUUACUACAGGCACAGAAAAGGCCACACACAACUCUAAUAAUUUAUUUGGUGAAAAAAAGAUGCUCUUUAUCAAUGGUUACAGUGAAAAUGAACACAAUGAAACAUCAGAACAUGGUUUACAAAUUAAAAACAAAUGUGACAGCCACAAAGAUAAACUAAAAAAAUCUCUAGUAAUUCUUUGUAAAGAGGAGCUAACAUCAUACACCAGCACAAAGCUGUAUGAAAGCCACACUCAAGAGGAAAUGUCACCACCAAAAUAUGCCAAUGGAAAUCAGCCUGACAGAAAAACAGAUGAUGAGAAUACAAUUAGGAACCAGGUUAUCUGUGCAUCUGGAGAUCAGUACAAUUGCAAUAUCACUGGCUGCAUUGCAGAGCCACGAUUCUACUCAAGCUGUAGCAUGAUCUUUUCCCCAAUUAAAAUGAAAUCUAAAAGCACAAUUCGUGUGAAACAUAUCGAGCAGUCUAAAUCCCCUCUAAUAGUAGAAAAUGUCUGUUCUAUGAAAGGUGAAUGUGAAGACUGUUCUGACAUCCCUGGCUGUCUCUGUCUGGUGAAGGAUGAUGGGUUUGUAGACAGUUUAAGUAAGCAUGAACGUAGAGAUAGGCAGCUGAAUGAGUGUAACCGGACGGCACUUGCAGAGCAUGCUCAAGUCGCAUGGGAAUACACAGACAACCUUAAAGCUGCUGCAUCGGAUUCCAUUAAGGACAAUGGACAUGGCCUGGAUGUGCACGGUUGCUUACCUCUGCAUGUUCCCACUGUUAAAACAAACACUGAAGCUACUAACACUCUGCUUGCUCUGGAUGUCAUUUGCUCCUAACCUGCUUCCCAUCCCGACUAAAACAGUCAAGUAAAGGUAUUGGCACUCAUAACAAGUUUGCACAUCAUACUGCAUGAAUCGUUACACAUUUCUGCCGUCAUUUUAUCUUACGAAAUAAUCUUCACGUAAAAAAAAGUAUUACAUUUCAGUAUUGUUUAUUGAAACCUUCAGAGUAUCCUAACAGAAAUGUCUACUAUAUUGUAUUUUUGGUGUUGUACUCUUAUUUUAAUGUGGGAAAUGUUAAAAUUCUUUAAAUGUCAUUUUGAAAUGCUAUGUUCGUCAUUUAUAAUAAAACUUACACUAUUUUUUUGUUUUUCAGAUGGAUAUGAUCCUAGUCAUAUUGAAAUGGUAUAAUCCGAUCAUGAAGAAAUGUUCUUGGAUUUAUUCUUGUCAAUGUCAACAUUUCUUUAAAUGUUUUUUUUUUAAACAAUUGUCAUGAUAGUGUUUUUUAUAUACAUUUGCAAUUGUGAAUACAGUAUUAUUAUUGUUUACUUCUUACUAGCCUAUGUGUUUAUUCAGACAAUCAAUGCAUGCUUAUUUAAUAGUCAUCUACUGUCACAAAACAAGUGAUGUUGUCAAGAAUACUGUUUUAAUCAAAAUCAGCACAAAAAUGUCAUAUAUCAAGCUUAAUAUUGUUUUUGGUAAAUAUUCACUUUCAUUAUUUUGUGAACAGUUUACGUAUCAUUGUACUCCAUUUUAAAGUUACACGGCUUUUUGUACUGUUGAAUUUUAUUUUUCAUAUUAAACCAGAAGGAAUGUGUAUGCAAUAUAUAAUACCACAACAAAUCUUAAAACUGCUUCAGAAAACAGAGUAUAUAUACUUUUUUAAACUAAGUGAUACUAUAUAUGUUUUUCUUCAAUAAAAAUAUAUUACAAAUAU